AUGACGGAAAUUCUUGAAAAUGAAAGCCCCCCUACGUUUCAACCACACGAUGGAUCAAGAGCUUUUACAUCUCAACCAUGCAACACGCAAGGCGAUCCGGGAAUCUCGUCUGGAGCAGAUACAGUUCCUUUGGAAGGUAAUUCACCAACCAUUCACAAACAUGAGGCGAAUGCGGAUGUAGUUCUACCGUAUUCUAUUGAGGAGCCAGACGAUGAGCCUGCCGAGGCUGCAGGACAGACCACAGACAAACCGGCGAUACGUUUACUUGUUGGAGACAACUCAGAGAUCUGGCAGGGAGAGCUGGUGGACUCGAUGGAGGGGCUCCAGUGCGACUCAGACCAAAGCGCUAGCCGGACGAGAGGGAAGAAAAGAAAGCCUUCCGCGACAGCAACCGGUUCAUCUCGACCAUUCCGACAAUCAUCUUGCGACUCGAUACCCAAUGCUCAGCGUGAUGAGUCCAAUGAGGGUCCCAAGAGGAGGCGCCGAAAAGGCAGAUGCGCGAGGGACCAUUUGUCCCCGGGGAUGAUCUGGCAACACGAUAGCAGCGAAACCACCUCGUCGGGGGGCUACAGUUCAAGGUCUCCGUCAACAGAUGACAGUGCAACCCAGCCUUCCAGUCACACUGAUGCCGACGCAAUGGACCUAGAUGAAUGA